CGCGCGCCUUCGAGGAAGCGGCUCCUGCUCAUCUAGACGACGAGUUGGUUUGGUUGGACGUUUGGACUCUGGACUUGACCAGACACCGGAACCCGUUUCAGCGCACAGUCGCUCUCCACCGAGUUUUCUCUCCGAUCCCCUUCCUUCUCGCCUGCGACACCGGCGGAAUCACCACGCGGAGGAGGAGUUCCGGCAGCCGGCGCUCCGACCAACGAAAACACAGGUGGAACUGAAGAAUAGAUAAGUAUGGCUUCUAGUGGUGUGAAAGAUUUCUACCGGCAGAAAAAGAAAGGUGGUAUAACCAAAACUUCAUCAUGUUCUAAGAAGAAAACACAGCAGUACACUGGAGGGGCCUCCGUUGGCGCUUCGAAUCCUGCUCAGACAUCAGCACUAAUUUCUCAUGGAUCCUUAGAUCUCAAAGAUGAUAUCAGUGAGCAGGAGGAGCAGUUGCGGCAGUUUGACAUGGACAUGAAGUUCGGCCCAUGUAUUGGUGUCAAUCGGCUUCAGCGUUGGGAGCGCGCUUCUGCCAUGGGCCUCCAGCCACCAUCUCAUCUUCGGGACCUCUUGGCACACAGCGCUUCCAUGAACAAUCACAAUAAUGGUAGCCCCUCCCCUGAGUGCCUAUGGGAGGGUAAAAUCUAGAAUCAAAUAAAAAGUGAUCCAUAUCAUAUCAACCUAGCCUUGUUUACUUACUCCUUUCUCCCCGGGCCCAGCUACCUGAGUCUUCUUGCCCCUCUCUACUGCUUCGUAGGUCGUAGCUGGGACAUGGGGCCUAUUAGUGUAGUCGAAACUCAUACUCUUUCACUGUGGUGAACUCUUGUUGUAACCAACCUUCUCGUUUUUCUUUGAUAGACUGUUGCUGCUUUCAUUUUUUGCCAGUGUAUCUUCAGUUUACCCUGCGCAAGUUGUUUAUGCCAUUUCCGCACGGAUGUACUCCAAUUGAUAUUCCUGUUUCCGUU